AUGCCUCUCGGUUACUACCUCGCCCAGGGUCUCAUCCCCCUCGGCCCAAGCAGCAGCGAUGAAGAGGGUGGUCCCUGCGAGCUUCCAGAUGGUCGUAUCGUCUGCGAACCCCACGGCCUCGACUUGAUGAAUGAGGACGACAUUGCGUCGGAACAGCGCGACCAGCGCAAACCGUAUGUUGACAGGAUGGUGCCCCGCAAGGGGACAGGAAAGGUGUUCUUUUCAAAGUUCAAUCCACCUUCGCCUACUGAUACCCCUUUGGACCUCUUCUCUGGAAGGAGGCGGUGGAGGACUGAGUUUAUGAGGAUGACCCAUGACGUCGAUCCAUGGACUGGUAUUGUGUUCACCGACGGCGCGUGUUUCAACAACGGCCAAAGCAACCCCAAGGCUGCCUGGGCCGUCCAUCAUGGUAUAUUUCGCAAUGGGCAGCUCGUCGUGGACGCCGGACGGCUUGAGAUGAGAGGUCCAUUCGACGACUCGAUUCGCGAGCAGACCAGCAACCGUGCCGAGCUCCGCGCCAUUAUCGCCGCCCUGCGGUUUCACGAAUGGGCAGAUGAGUCCUUCAGGACUCUUGUCAUCGCCACAGAUUCUUCCUACGCCGUCGAAGGGGCGACGACUUGGUGCAGAACAUGGUUGAGGAAUGGAUGGAGGACUUCCCAGCCCGGAAACCCCGAAGUCAAGAACAGGGAUCUGUGGGAGGCGUUACUCGGCGAGGCGGAGCGGGCUCACGAACUGGGGUUGAACAUUGAGCUGUGGCACAUUCCACGGGGGCUCAACACCGUAGCAGACGGUGCCGCAAAAAAGGUGGCGGUGAAUUAUAGUGCUCCCGAGGGUUGGUCGGAGGACUUCGAUGCCGGGAUCAACGCUGAGCCAUAUCAGUUCGUGCUGGAAAGACAUGCGUGA